GUGGGCAGCUUCUCUUCCGGGUGGACAAAGGUUCGCAGGUCACCGGUGCACAGUCAGCCGCCCCAGGCCGGCCGCCGGGUAGCAUGGAGGCCGUGCGAUCGGUGGGGACGUUCGUGGUGGUGGGAGGCGGCAUCGCCGGCGUCACGUGUGCGGAGCAGCUGGCUGUUAACUUUCCUGAAGAAGACAUUCUCCUGGUAACAGCCUCUCCCGUCAUCAAAGCAGUCACAAACUUCAAGCAGGUUUCUAAAGUAUUGGAAGAAUUUGAAGUUGAAGAACAGCCAAGCAUUGUGCUGGAAAAUCGCUUUCCUAACAUUAAGGUCAUAGAAUCUGGAGUAAAACAGCUCAAGAGUGAAGAACAUUGCAUCUACACAGAAGAUGGGCAUCAGCAUGUGUAUAAGAAACUCUGUCUGUGUGCCGGAGCUAAGCCAAAGUUGAUCUGUGAGGGAAAUCCGUAUGUAUUAGGAAUCCGCGAUACCGACAGUGCUCAGGAAUUUCAGAAACAGCUUACAAAAGCCAAGAGAAUAAUGAUUGUUGGGAAUGGUGGCAUUGCACUUGAGCUGGUAGAACACCCACCCCACUGGGCACCUGAGUACAGGGUGGCAGUCCUCAGGUAUGAAAUUGAAGGCUGUGAAGUGAUUUGGGCCAUAAAGGAUAAAGCCAUUGGGAAUACUUUCUUUGACGCAGGCGCGGCAGAGUUUUUGACUUCCAAGCUCAUGUCUGAAAAAUCAGAGGCUAAAAUUGCACAUAGAAGAACCAUAUAUACAGUUGAAGGAGCAGAAAGGGAAAACAGAACCAAAGCUAAAGCUGAUAAUGUGGGCAGUGCCCUCGGACCAGACUGGCACGGAGGCUUGGAUCUGAAAGGAACAGAAGAGUUUUCACACAAUAUUCACAUUGAAACCAGAUGUGAAGUAAAAAAAAUCUACCUUCAAGAGGAGUUUAGGAUUAUGAAGAAAAAGCCCUUGGCUUUUCCAAAGGAUCAGCAUAAGUCAGUUACAGUUGAUAAAGAAAUGUGGCCUGUGUAUGUGGAACUAACCAAUGGGAAAAUAUACGGCUGUGAUUUCCUUGUUAGUGCUACAGGCGUCACACCAAAUGUAUACCCUUUUCUCCUCGGAAACAAUUUUGAUCUAGGAGAAGAUGGCGGCUUGAAAGUGGAUGACCAGAUGCGCACAUCACUUCCUGAUAUCUAUGCUGCUGGAGACAUCUGCACUGCAUGCUGGCAGCCAAGCCCAGUCUGGCAGCAGAUGAGACUAUGGACCCAAGCACGGCAGAUGGGAUGGUAUGCAGCCAAGUGCAUGGCUGCAGCUAGUUUGGGACACUCUAUCGACAUGGAUUUCAGCUUUGAACUGUUUGCUCACGUCACAAAAUUUUUUAACUAUAAGGUUGUGUUGCUGGGAAAAUACAAUGCACAAGGCCUAGGCUCAGAUCAUGAGUUAAUGCUGCGGUGCACCAAAGGACAAGAGUACGUCAAAGUUGUCAUGCAGAAUGGACGAAUGAUGGGAGCUGUCUUAAUUGGUGAAACUGACUUGGAGGAAACAUUUGAAAAUUUAAUUUUAAACCAGAUGGACCUUUCAUCAUACGGAGAAGAUCUCCUAGAUCCAAAUAUUGAUAUAGAGGACUAUUUUGAUUGACAUUAGAAUUUCUUCAGAAUCACUAAGUUCAAAUAAGGAGAAAAAAAAAGAAUUGGGGAAACUAACAACUGCACCAGGUGAAUGACCACACAAGUUGAGAAUGCAUGGUUGGGAAGGAUUCAAGGAAACUCUUAAGAUGAACUCAGUUUAAUGACUGAUUAGCAAAUGAAGAUUCCAAAUACAGAGUUGAAAUAAAUACACUCACACAAAUACACUCAA